AGAAUAUCCCAAAAAAAGGAUUUAAGAAUAAUAUCAUUGCUGGGUCACAUAUAUACAUACAUACUUGUACACAUUGUCAAAAACCAACCUACCCUGACUAAUUGCAUCUCCUUCCCAUUAUUUUACCAAGUCAAAGACAAUAUUUCUGAGCUUUCUUCAUCACCUUAAAAAGCAAGCUGGAGCAAUCUAUAUAUAGCCCUCCAUAAAUUAAACCACCAACACAAACACCGCCUUCAAGCACAUACGAAACCAGUUUCCAAAUCAAAAAUCCAUGGCUGCUCCACCACUCUACAUAAUCAUGAUGAUAGGGUCACUGCUACUUCUCCCUUCCCCUUCCCAUUCUUCUGACCCAGACCCAUUACAGGACUUCUGUGUAGGAGACUUAGAAGCUUCCCCAUCCCUCAAUGGCUUCCCCUGCAAAUCCGCCUCCAACACAACCUCCGACGACUUCUUCUACUCCGGGCUGAGCAAGGAGGCCAGCACAACCAACGCCUUCGGAGCUACGGUGACUGCAGCCAACGUGCUCGUGUUCCCAGGCCUAAACACGCUCGGAAUCUCCAUGAACCGGGUGGACUUCGGCCCGGGGGGGCUUAACCCUCCUCACACGCACCCGCGGGCCACCGAGACCGGGGUGGUCAUCGAGGGGAAGGUGCUUGUUGGGUUUGUGACCACAGGGAAUGUGUACUACUCCAAGGUUUUGGGCGUUGGGGAGAUGUUUGUGAUACCAAGAGGGCUUGUGCACUUUCAGAAGAAUGUUGGGGUGGGGAAGGCUCUUAUCUUGACAGCUUUCAAUAGCCAGUUGCCAGGGGUUGUGGUUGUCGCCCCAACUCUCUUCGGCUCAAAGCCUUCUAUUCCUAAUGACGUGUUGACUUUGGCCUUCCAGGCUGAGGAGAGUGUGGUUAACAGCAUCAAGUCCAAGUUUGGUUAAUUCUUCAGCUCGCUAAUCUUGAAUAGGUUGGAUUGCCUGGUGAAUUUUUAUUAUUCUUGUUGGGUUUUCUUCUCUGCCCAUCCUUGCCGAUCAUUGUUGUCAUUAGUCAUUUGAGAUUUAAUUGUGUUCGUAAUUUGAUCCUCAUGUUCUGUUAACGCAAUAUAUUCUUUGUCAUAUAUGAAUAAUAAAACAAGGUUUCUUCUGCGAUUAAA